AUGGUUUUAGAAGCUACUGUAUUGGUUGUUGAUAACUCGGAAUAUGCCAGGAACGGUGACUUUCCAAGAACUCGAUUUGUGGCACAAGUUGAUGCCGUUGAGUAUAUUUUCCAGGCGAAAAGAAACAGUAAUCCAGAGAACACUAUAGGGUUGGUAUCUGCUGCCGAGGCAAACCCAAAAGUUUUAUCCACAUUCACAAACGAAUUCGGUAAGAUCUUGAGCGGACUACAUGAUAUCAAUAUUGGAGGGUCCAUCCAUUUUGCCACUGCCAUACAGAUUGCUGCAUUGACUUUGAAACAUAGACAAAAUAGAGUACAGCGUCAAAGGAUUAUUAUAUUCGUUUGUAGUCCAAUCACUGAGGAUAGACAGGAUUUGAUUAAGAUGGCAAAGAAGUUGAAGAAAAAUAGCAUUGCGGUUGAUGUUAUCAAUUUCGGUGAAACUGAUACGAACGCUGACCUAUUGGAGGAAUUCGUAGAAACGGUCAACAGUGGGCAAGAGGAUAGUAAAUCUACUCUUUUGAACAUUGAUGCAGGCCCCAAACUACUCUACGAGCAUGUAGCAGCAUCGCCUAUUGUACUUGAAGGUCCUGCUGCUGAGGCUGGCUUCUCAAUGGGAGGUAAUGACGAUUUUAUGGACUUUGGUGUUGAUCCAUCCCUAGAUCCUGAAUUGGCAAUGGCAUUGCGCUUAUCUAUGCAAGAAGAACAGGAAAGACAGGAACGCAUAAGACAAAACUCGACAGAGUAA